AUGGGAAAUUACCUUGGAUUUAAAGAAAAUAAAUAUAAUAAGUCCAACAUAAAGACCUUCGAAAAAAGGUAUGGUUAUAACCUGAACGAACUUCAUAGCUAUGUUUACAAAAUAAACUUGCCCUUGAAGCCUCGCUAUGUAAGUUAUGUCUUAGAGGGAAAAACUAAAAAAAAAAAUGAUUCUCCAGAAAAUGUGUUAAUAUCAAGCAGGGAGGAAGGGAGGAAUGGUGAAACAUCAAAUGUCGUAGAAAGAGUAGCAACAGCAGAAGUUGCUAAUGUAGAAAAUGAAGUGGAUGAUUCGUCGUGGGUAUCGCCCACAGAGGAGAGAGUAGACAUUUACAACCAGUAUGAUAGAGAAAACCUUAACAAUUCAAAUAAUAUAUAUAAAAAUAAACUAAUAAUAAAGGAUAAGAGGGAUAACGAGAAGUAUGAAGACAUGUAUGUUCAUAUGAUAUACAACAAGAAAUAUGUAUAUGAUGGGCAUAAGAAUAAUAUAUAUGAAUAUGAUAAUAUCUCCAAUUACAUUUCUAAAAAACACACUAGGUUUAUGGAUGAAAAAAACAGAAACGUAAAAAAGAUGUAUGCAAAUCUGUGUUUGAACUAUUACAACAAUUUAGACACUUGUGUGAUUAAGAAGUACCACAAAAAUGUGCAAAACAGGAAAUACAAAUUUACCCGUCUGCAUACUUGCAAGCCGCAUUAUGUUUUGUUCGCACGCUGUAUUAAAUAUAGAGAUAGAAAACUGAUGAACGAAAUAAAAAAAGUGGAGUUCAAUUAUUACAACUCGCUGGACCGGGGAAACAGAUCCCUUUACCUGAACGAGUUUAUCACAAAUCUGAGUUACCACGAGUACCUCAUUAGCAAAAUGAACGAUGGAGUAGAGAAGAUAAAAGUAAAAAAAGAACUGAAUGAAUUACGGGAAAGAUAUAAUCACAUAUUAAGAUAUGCAGAAGUUGGUUCUAAGGGUAUAUCCAAUUUCGACAAAUCUGAGGGAAAAACUCAUAUAAAUAAGAAGAAACACGUACUAUUAAAUAUAUAG